UCUGCGGACGUAACGUAAUCGGCAAAUGGCAAUCGCCAUCGGCGAAUCUGUUGCUGUGUAGUGAACUUCGCUUGUGAAUUGUGUUUCAUAUUGUUAACAAGAUAUAUUAUGAAAAUUAAGUUAUUGCCUAAGAACAGUUUUGUAUCAAAUAAGUGCUGAUGAUCAAUGUUAUGUAUUUAAAUAGCUAUAAAGUCGUGAUUGUGCAGUGAGUAACGAUUUGAGAUUGCUUCGAAGCCUUCUGUGUGAUAAUCGUGUUGUUUUAUUAUUGCUUCGGAUAUACGAUACGGAUUUUUGAACAGAAAUGCAGGCGAUCAAGUGUGUCGUCGUUGGCGAUGGUGCCGUUGGUAAAACAUGCCUGCUCAUCAGUUACACAACAAAUGCCUUCCCCGGGGAGUACAUACCUACAGUAUUCGACAACUACUCAGCGAACGUGAUGGUGGACGGCAAACCGAUCAACUUGGGGCUCUGGGAUACGGCCGGGCAGGAGGACUACGACAGGCUGCGUCCACUCUCCUACCCACAGACGGACGUGUUCCUAAUAUGCUUCUCGCUCGUCAACCCAGCGUCCUUCGAGAACGUUCGAGCUAAGUGGUACCCAGAGGUGCGGCACCACUGUCCAUCGACGCCCAUCAUCCUCGUGGGGACCAAGCUCGACCUGCGCGAAGACAAGGACACCAUCGAGAAGCUCAAGGACAAGAAAUUAGCUCCUAUCACCUACCCACAGGGCCUAAGUAUGGCGAAGGAGAUUGGCGCCGUGCGAUAUCUAGAAUGUUCCGCGCUGACGCAGAAGGGUCUGAAGACGGUGUUCGACGAGGCGAUCCGCGCGGUGCUGUGCCCCGUGCAACCCGUCAAGGUUAAACGGAAGUGUACGCUCCUGUAAGGACUAGAUAGUGUAGAAAAGCUGAAGCCAGUGCAUACAGCAUUGCUAACAACAAGCCGCACCACCAUCCGUCGACAUUUGACACAUCAGUGCGCUGACACACAAACAAUGGACUGCAAAUGCAUACAUAGAUGUUAAUUUUUAAUGUUAAUAAUCAUUAAUGUAACGUGGAUGUGAGUGAGGUCCGUAUAUGUAAACGCUUUUGUAUAAUCUGUGAAAUGUCACUGACAGUUGUCUAUGGUAACAAUAUGGCAGUCGUUUUAUACAAUUUUCACAUGUUUCGUAUUUUUGGGUGCUUUCUCUGACGCUGGAAAUAGAAUUAAUACAUUCCUACAUUAAUUAAAAGUUAUUUGCCCACCACUUGUUUUUUUAUGUCGUACAUUUGGCUCUGGCCACUAGAAGCUGUGGUCGUUCGUUUGACGUGGAAUUGUUGAAUUUUAUGUUAGGCAGAGAUUAUAUUUUUCGAUUAUUGCUUAUAUUUGUUUCCAUCGUUGUAUUUCAUAGUAGUUUUCGAUAAGUACAUAUUCAGUAUUCGCUAAGAGUUUACCCAUGUGUAUUGUAAGAUUUAAACAGCAUUAAUUGCAAUGAAAUAAAUAUACAUUAUUAUUGGCGAAUGUUCUACAGCAAUCGAGAGCGAGGUACAAGAAUGUUUAAAGGUGAAUUUUAUAAGUAUUAUUGUUUAUGUCUGAUACAAAAUUAUUUCUAAAAUUCUUUCGGAGGCACCCGCAUUGUCGAUGCGGUAAUACAUAUCGUCAGAAAGCUAAAAUAAGCUAUUACAGUAGACUACAAUGAUAUCUUCAUCCAUAUGUGACCUUGAAAAGGUUUAAAAUUUUAUUCCAAAUAAAAUAAAUCAUAAAGUUUUAAUUGCACAGCAAUAUGUUAAGACAAAUGAAAUAUAAUAAUAAUCUCAGCGAUUUUAAAAGCCAGAGCAAGCCAAGCAAAUAAUUAUCUUAGUAAUACGUCACAAUACCCCGUCUAAAAUAAUGCCAGUUUAAAAUUCUUUGAUAUUUGUAAUUAAUAGAUGUAUGAUGAAGAUAUCAUAUUUUAUCGUUUUGUAACUACUGCAUUACACCGCACAAUUAAAACAUAGCAUUAACCGACCGAAUUUAAGAGGACAACAUUUAUAUCGUUCUCUGCUAUUAUCAUUCUCCUUCUAAAUUCGAUCGCAUAGAUUAGUUCAAGGAGGCAUUUUCGCUAAAUGUGAUACCGGGUUUAGGCUUUAAUUGACUAGAUUCGAUUAACGGCCUCUAGCUAUUUUAUUCCUGUAUGCUAUAUAAACUUGGAUCCUGUUAUGUAUUCGUUUUUAUUGUGUAGUGGCAACUGGCAAGUUAAUUAUUGUCUAAAUCCACUCCUAAGGUUAUAAGGUUAAAUAGUUAUUACACGUAUGGAAUAUGGAUGCGUCUAAGGUGUGUGCAAUUGUUACUGCUUAUUGUCACCCUCAUUUCGACGUUACGAUUACGAUGCCAUAGACUAUAUUCGUUAAUUUUAAAAUUUGAAAAUAGAACUAGUUGCUUAACUUUUUAAAAGCAUCAACAAUUGCACAAAAUAGGUUCAUAGGAAUAAGGUUUUAAUGUAUGUAUUGUUCAGAUGCAAAUAUUUAGAAGAAUGAGCAUGUAAAUAAAUGUAAUUUAGUUUUUAAUAAAAUAUGUAAUCGUACGCGCCAUUUGAUUUGGUGUUGCAUUUUUAUAUUUAGAAAGAAUCAUUUCAUAGUGGCUUUGAACGCAUUUUAUAUUAGUUCAAAUGUAUUCGGUUAGAAAUAAAUAAAUAAUUUAUAUAAACAAUUUUAACAAUUUUAUUCGUAUACGCGCUAACUUGAAUAUCUAUAAAUUUUGUCAAGCAUUAGUAAAUUGUCAAAAAUAAGUACUAUUCAAAAUGCAAUUUUUUGAUUAUUGUUUAAAGUAUUUUUAAUCCUUACAUUUCAUAUAUUUAAACAAUGUUUUGAUGUUUUAUGUAACUCACUAAAUGGUAGCACAUAACCUCUAUAUUUUAGUCCAAAUUUAUCAAUUUUGUAACCUAUGUAUAAAUCGGUGUUAGCUUAUAAAUUUGUUAUGUAAGGCUUACCAUACUGUUCGAUAAUAUCCCUUUAAGUAAUUUAUAUACGUACUUAAUUGCAACACUUGUAUUUCGUAUAAAUUAAUUAUUUUGAAGACUUGAAUUUAAAAUACACAUAAAUGAAACUUUUCAGUGACAAUUUCAUAAAAUUGUCUCUUUGUUUUUCGUGACCGAGUGAAAAAUAUAAAACACUCGAAACUUUCAAUUUAAUAAUGUUUGAUUUGUAAGUAUCCAUACCCGCCCAUGAGCAUUCGCCGCUGCAAAUGCGUUGUGCGUUUUAAAGAAACGGGACGACGAUGAAACGACGGCGACGACGUUGACGACGGGAAAAGGGAAGGGUAAGGAAAAGGAAAGGAAGUGUAUAUUGUAACAAUAAACUAUUAUACAUUCAUUCAUGUUAUGAGGAUUGUAAGAGCUAAUGGGUACAUAAAUACUUAUAUUCUUAGCAUGUUUAAUGAAAUCACCCGAGUCCAUAUAUAAGCAUGUGCAUUGAAGUGAUUGAUUUACUUGUGUUGACAUUUGAUAUUUAUAACUUAUUAUAUCUAUAUUUGCUCUAUUGGACUUUGUCGGGUGUGUUGGAAGUUGUUAGCAAUUCCACAAUCGCAAAGUUUCAAUAUCGUAUGUAGGAAGACAAUAAGUACUUGAAACGUGUCUGCGUUUUAUAAAAACAUCUCUGCAAAACAACAAAUACAUGUGAAAUUAUUAAUGUUUAAUUAACUUUUAACUUGAAUUAUUAUGAUUAAACAAAUGGUAAGCCUAAUUGUUAUUAAUAAUUGUGUAUUCGACGUAAGUGUCCCCGCUUUUAGUAACAGCUUGUAUUAUAUUAUUUUUCUACAAUAAAAACGUAUUUAUAAGGUACGCCGUAUGCUACUGAAGUGUCGAGUAAUUCUUCCAAAUAUUGUGAAGCCUCUGAAUAAUUCAAAAUAUAUUUAUAUUAACUGUUCAA